AUGUCUGCAAUUCAGCGCAUCAAGCGCGCCCGGCACGGAGGCGAUUCGCAGGAGGACGUGCGCGCACGUGGGACGGAGAGUCAUGUGCGACCUGAUGCGGCGGACGCGCGGGAGUUUUCGGCCCGACCCGCGGCAGGCGGGAGGAAACAAGUUGCAGCGAGACUAGGCGUGGACGGUGCAGAGGUCCGCGGGCCUGGCCCCGGGGCCGCCGAGGCUCGAGCUUGCGACGUUGGCACCGUGCCGCCGCCGCGGCGCGACGGGGGCGGGUUUUCGCUGAUCAACCGCAUCAAGCAGCAGCGCGGCAAUGGAGCGUCCGUCCCGCCGCGACACGCCGGCGUGGACACGCAGGAGCCGGGAGACCAAAGAGGCUCGUCUGAGGAUCACAGAUUCUUGCCAAAGGGCCUCGUCGCAGCGGCGCUCGUGCCCGACCAAGCACCUCCCAGCGCCCCUCGGCACCCACCCUCCGGGCCCGCCAGCGUCGCCAAGACAGAGCGGCCGGACGACUGGUUCCAGCAAACCGUCCUCGCUGGGCUGAAGUACCGCGGGAAGCGUCUGAACGUUCCAGCAGCCCCCGCAGGCGACAACGACGUGACUCGUCAUACGCCUGCACCUCCACGCGGCACGGACGACCUCCCGAGGGGCCUGGACAUUGCGCAAGUGAGCAGCGAGGUCGUUGUGCGGCCCGAGCACGGUGCGCGCCGGCGCCCGCGCGAGAGCCCCGGCAGCGACCUCGAGAGCGACGAGCCCGGCAGCGACGCGGACAGCGACCACGACGGCGCAGCGCUCGCGCCGCCCUCGCCGCUUGCGGGCCUUGUGGCGACGUCCGACACGGCCGACGUGACGCUGCACGGCCCCGAGGGCCGCUCGGUCAACGCGGGCGACGUGCUGUACGACCUCCCGCCGGCGGUGGCCAAGCACGCACGCCCCUACCAACUCACAGGGAUUCGGUGGAUGUUGGAGCGCGCGUCGGCGGACGAGGGGGGCAUCCUCGCGGAUGACAUGGGCCUGGGCAAGACCCUCCAGGCCGUCGCGUUCCUCUCCGCGGUCAUCGCGCACCAGCGGAAGGUCCGCGAGCUGUCGUGCUCGCCGGCGGCGCUGGCGUCGCAGUCGCAGGACCCCGCGGUGCCCGUGAACCCCGACGCGGCGCUCGCGCUCGUCGUCGCGCCGGCGGGCACGCUCGGGAACUGGGCGGCGGAGGUCAACACGUGGGGCGGGGGUCUGACGUGCGCAGUCGCGCAGGGUGCGGACGCGGCGCUCGCGGUGUCGCGGGCGGCGUCGGGGGGCGCCGACGUGCUGCUCAUCGGGCCCGAGGGCUUCCGCUCCGGCCUCGGCGGCGUCGCGACGGUCCCGUGGCGCGUCUGCGUCGUCGACGAGGUCCACAGAAUCCGCAACCCGAAAUCGCAACUCCACGUUGCGCUCCAGAAGGUGCUCACGCCGCUCCGGUUCGGUCUGACCGGCACGCUCAUGCCGAACAAGUACCGCGACCUCUUCCUCGUCGUCUCCUGGGCCGUCCCGAACAAGCUCGGGCCCUGGAAAGCCUUUAACAAGAACUUCGCAAAAGUGCUCAGAGCCGGGGAGGACGCGCGGUCGACGCGGGCGCAGCGCGAGGCCGCGCAGGCCGCGCAGCACCGCCUCGUCGCGCUGCUCGCGACGUGCGUCCUGCAGCGCACCAAGGCCGGCGUGCUGCCCUCGGAGCUGCCGCGGAAGACCGAGCACGUCGUCUUCUGCGAACUCACGCCGCUGCAGCAGCGGGCGUACGCGCGGGUCCUCGCGUCGCGCGACGUCCAGCUCGUGCUCGCCGCGCACGGCGCGCGCGGCCGCCAGCCGCCCGGAGAGUUAGAUACCCCGAAACCGUGGACCGUGGAACAAGGAUUCGUGUUCUGGCCGCUAUACCACAUGUGCGAGUGCGGGUGGGAGCCGGGGGGCGGCGGGGACGUCGGGUGCGGCGGCGCGUUCCACUCGUGGCCGCCGGGGCACGAGCACGUGCUCCCCAGCGACCCCCCUGGGUGUCCGGGGUGUAUGACGCUGCCGUUGGUGAAUCUCUUGGGCCGGAUUGCCAACCACGCGGGGCUCGUGAAGGCGCGGCCUGCGCAGCAGGAGCCGUGGGCGGCGGAGCGGGACCGCACGGUCGCGGCGUGGGUGUACGGGGAGGACGCGGAGGCGGCGGGGGGGGUUGACGAGGACGUGGGCGCUGGGCGGUGGCUGGCGGGCGGCGAGAGGAUGUGCGGGAAGCUGCCGGCGCUGAUGGCGCUGCUGCGGCACUUCCACGAGGGCGGGCACCGCUGCCUGCUGUUCUCGCAGUCCACGCGCGUGCUCGAUCUGCUGCAGGCGGUUGUGGAGGUCGAGGGUUGGGCGCACCGUCGUCUCGACGGCAAGACACCCCCCCGCGCGCGCAAGCAGCUCGCAGACGAGUUCAACCACAGCGAGGCCAUCUUCCUCAUGCUGGUCAGCACCGGGGCCGGCGGCGAGGGUUUGAAUUUGAUCGGGGCGGACCGCGUCGUGGUGUUCGACCCGUCGUGGAACCCCGCGGCGGACGCGCAGGCCUUCGACCGCGCGUUCCGGAUCGGGCAGCAACGCGACGUGCAGGUGUUCCGCCUCGUGGCACGCGGCACUGUAGAGGAGGCGCGGUACGCCAGGCAGAUAUCCAAGUCGAGGCACGCGGCGAUCGCGAUGCCCGGCGCCGGCCCCGCCGGCCAGGGCGGCGAGUACGCGCCCGCGGGGCUGUUCGCGGGGCAGGCGCCCGAGGAGCGCUUCGACGCGACGGACAAGGGCGAUCUGUACGGCUUGGCCUCGCUGCUCAGGGAGGCGCGCGACCGGGCGUGGGAGGGCAUCAGGGGGGGUGUGUUGCGCCACGCGGAGCAGGCGGGCGAGGGGGCGCUGCAAGUGACGGGCGCGGGGUGGACGCAGCGGAAGACGUAG